AUGGCCUCCCGCCACCCGCGUCCCCAGCGGCUGUGGCUGCUGGCGCCGCUGGCGCUGUGCGUACUACUCCACCACCAAAGCGCGGCCUUGACUCUGUGCGGGAGCCAGCUGGUCGACGCCUUGGCGUUUGUAUGCAACGGGCGAGGCUUCUACGCGGCGCCACCAGCUGGCGUGCAGCGGCAGCGGCAGCAGCUAGGCGGCAUCACAGAAGCGUGCUGCCUGCGCGCCUGCUCGCUGCUGCUGCUGGAGCGCUACUGCGCACAGCCGCAGCUGCUGGAGUUGAGCUCGGCAGAUCCGGACGGACGGCUGAGCACGUGGAAGGGUGAGGGGCUGGUGGACUGCGUGCUGCGCUUCGUCCGCUCGGCACUGAGAGGGCGCAACAUCGAGACCAAGGCGUCGGACCUCUGGCUGCACGUAGAACUGUCUCCCAUUACUCCACGCCCCGCCACGGCUCCCCCUCGUCUGCCCCGGGCGGGGGCACGCCGCCAUCACCGCCCGGCGACGAGGUUGGGCUUCUAA